AUGGCAAAGAAGUGGCAGAGAAUGGCUGCCCUGGCAAGGAAGCGGCUCACGACGGCUCCGCGGAAAGAAGCCGACGGUUCGCGGGUCGCAUCGACAUCGGUGGCCAUCAAGGGCCACUGCGUCGUGUACUCCGAUGACGGGAGGCGGUUCGAGGUCCCGCUGGCGUACCUCGGCACAGCGGUGUUCAGCGAGCUCCUGAGCAUGUCGCAGGAGGAGUUCGGGUUUGCCGGCGACAAUGGCAGGAUCACGUUGCUCUGUGACGCCGCAGUGAUGGAGUACGUAAUGUGUUUGCUUAGGGGAGACGCCUCUGAAGAGCUUGUGAGGGCGUUCUUGAGCUCCAUCUCCAUCCUCAGACCUUUUUGCUACCACAGCGUCAGUGGCAUGGUGCCAUCCAUGGGACUCGUACGCCAAUCAGCCAUCUGUGUAUAG